UUGAUGAUUUUAACUGCAAAAAUGACGAUAUAUUUUUUUAAUAGUUUUUGUGUGUUUGUAUUAUUAUUCUAUGGAGUCGAUGGGAAGUUUCGCAAUGACUAUGAGUUUUACGACCAAGCAGGAGGUUGGUUUAAGAUGCACGAGGUUCCGGCUACAUGGAACGAUGCCUGGUAUAGAUGUUUCAGAGAAGGUGCUGUCCUUGCAUCCCCUGAAAAUGGAAAUCUGCUUUCCACUAUGAAGUCUCUAGUAGCUCAGCAUACCAAAUCCUGUGGCGUAUAUACUGGGAUUCACGCCACAUUUUCUAAAGGGGACUAUUAUUCCAUUGAAGGUGUCCCGCUAUCAAAAAUCCCCGUGUCCUGGGCCCCGGAUGAACCGGACAACUUCCAAAACGGCGAAGCCUGCAUCAUCAUGCUGCUGAAUGGAACAGUGGCAGACGUACAGUGCACUGACGUGUACCCUUACCUCUGCUUUAAGAAGAAGACUAAAAACAUGUUUAUGGGCGCGUGCGGCACGCUUGAUACAGAAUACACCUUCGACGCACGGACCGGCAGUUGUUACAAGUUCCACCGGCUGCCUCAGACCUGGCCCCGAGCCUUCGCCGCGUGUUCAGGCGAAGGCGGUCACUUGGCUAUCAUCAACAGUGACCUGGAAGCUCAGGUUAUCAAGGAUCUGUACGCUAAGAACCCUGACUCCACCAUGCCGGGCAACUUCGUGAAGCAUUCUUCUCACAUCGGCCACUGCGACUGGGACGAGAGGGGACUGUGGCUUACUAUUCAUGGUCAAACGCUUAAAGAAGCUGGUUAUGACAAAUGGUCCAAUGGGGAGCCAGCCAACUCUACGCAAGGCUCUACAGGCCAAUACUGCGGCGCCGUCCACAGACCUGGCACUCUCAACGAUGUGUGGUGCAACCUGCCCACUCCCUUCAUCUGUGAGAAAGCACCUGACAGCUUGGUUGAUGACGAAUAGGCAUGGGAGAAAGGGCUAUUAAUUUUAAAUUUAGGGGCAUUUGCGUGUUCCAGGGUUAGCCAAUUUAACUCGGGGUUAAUCCAUAGUAAUAUUAUAAAUGGAAAAGUGUGUGUGUCUGUUUGUUUGUCCGUCUUUCACGGCAAAACGGACCUACGAGUUGACGUGAUUUUUUAAGUGGAGAUAGUUGAAGGGAUGUAAAGUGACAUAGGGUACUUUUUGUGUCUUUCUAACGCGAGCGAAGCCGCGGGAAAAAGCUAGUCGUUUAUAAAGUAGAAUUUAUUCGGUAUUAAUUCCCGUUUAACAUAGAGUUUGUAGUUGUUUAACCCUGGAACGUGCAAAUGGCCAUUAGAAUUAUUACAGUAGAUGAAUCUGAACAAAUUUUUUGUACGUAUUUUUAUUUAUCGAGGUCAAGUUACAAUAGUUAUUAUAAUAUUUUUUUCUAUCAAUAAAGGUUACCUUAUAACAUUUCACUAUUUUUUUGCUCGUUAAAGUCUGCGACCAUUUUAUCUGAAACAAAGGGGGUAGAUUUUUGAAGAUCGAACAGCACGGUUUUGUUACUCAAGGUGUGUAGCUCGGAAAAAACGACCGAUAGUUAGAAAAUUUUACCUUGUUCCAUACAAAAUACUGGCUAAAG